AGGGAGGAGGACGGCACAAAUCAACCUGCCUCUUGACUUUAACAACAGAAUAAGCGGAGCCGGCUCAGACGCAGCCACAGAGAUUCAAGGAAGUGGGUUUUAUUUGUGUGCGUGUCGCCUGAUUUUAUUUUUGGACAGAGGAAGAGAGGGAGAUCGGCAGACAGGAGGAGGAACUGAAGCAAGAGGAGGAGGAGAACGAGCUUCACCGUGGAGAUAGAUAGCAGAAAAAUGCUGUCAUGGGGAGAGCAGGGGAGGGAGUCGGCAGAGAGGAACAGGAUGAAACAAGGCAGGGUCGAGCGGAGCUGAAAUGUGGAGGUGGCCAGUGGACCAGUGCAAAAGGGAAGCAGCAGGCACUGAAGAGUGCAGACAAAUGGAUGCCAUGUUAGGAGGGUUGAUAAAGACAGAGCCUCUCCUACGCGGGGGACAGAGAGUCGGGCUCCAGUGAUGAUCUUUACUUUGAAGGAGCAGCCCCACCCAACUGGAAUACCAUCAAAACACACAUCAGUAAUAAAACUACGAUGCAUAUCCUCUCAGAAUCCUUCAGUUUUACACUUUGAGGACUUGUUGACUUAUUCCUAGCUUCACAGAGACAUCUAUGGGAGCUGAAAGGUUGAGAAAGUUCAGCCAUCGUAAGUGGUGUGAAUGAGUUUUAUGUUUGCUGCUAUCACUCAGCGGCGUUUUUCAUCUUCUCACACAUCCCUCCAGUUUCACACUAGCACCACAGAGACCAGGUUGGAGAUUUAACUGGGAGCGCAGGAAGCUCUGGAGAAAAGACUGUAGAAGUGGAGUCAGUUUCUAGGGCACCAUGCAGUCAGAUGAUCUCUUCAUCCGCAAGUUUCGCCGUCAGAACAUGCGGCCGCCCAUCGCCACGGUUAACUUUGACCCCAAACGCGAAGCAGGUGUGGUGGAGUGGCCGCCCAGGAGGGAGGCUGAUGGAGCCGACAGAGACAGCCUCACCCCGAGCCGUGUGGGGCUCAACCUCAGAUCUGUGGGCCGGGGUCAUAUCAUGCAGAGAAGUAACAGCGAUGUAACUCUAGGGGACUUGGACUCCUCAGGGAAGGCUGGGGGGAAAGCAGUUCGGACGGCUGGUGAGAAAGCAGGUGUGGGGUCUCAGGGGGACUCAGGUGUUCUGCUGCACAGGGAAUACGGCAGCUUGUCCUCGCUGGAGAGACAGACUCAAGCACAGGAGGCAAGCUCUGCAGAUCAGGGGCCCCUGAGUCCAAAUGCCCUCCGCUUCAAAGACCCGUUCCUGCUUUUAGGACUGCAGGGAAAUCCUCCAGAGCCUGAUGGCUUCUUUAGAGGUCUGUCUCUUUCCACAGGGGAGUCCCCAAAACCUGCCAAGCCACCGAAGCCUGAAGGUCUGAGUAAGAAGAGUAAACCCCUGCCCCCUCAGAUCCCCCAACCGGGUCCAUACGACAACAUCGGGGGCGGCGCCUGGGUCAGGAACUUUGCCCACUACGACGUCCAGAGCAUCCUGUUCGACCUCACCGAGGCAGCGACAAACAGAGACAGCAUUGGACGUAAAAAGAACAUCACCUCAGGAGCUUCGGCUGCCUCCCAGCUGAGGCCCCUCUCCCAGGCCACCCCGUCCUCACCUGCGCAAGGCGGGGGAGGCAACGGGGGGAACACAGACGACCCUGAGCAGUCCCUGUUGCUAGAUGAAGGGGAUGGCAAUGAUAACGAGCUCCUGCUCAGCUGCCCACACUUCCGCAAUGAGACUGGAGGAGAGGAGCAGGUGGGUCUGGGUAGGUCCCAUGGGAGAAGGGGACUCUGGUCAAGUCUGCGGACCCCCAAUGAUGCAGUAUCGGUUCUGGAGGAGCCCAGAGAGAGUCACAUCCAACAGCAGGGCAAGAGCAACUACUUCAUAGAGCAUGCAGACCUGGGAGCGCAUUACUAUCGCAAAUAUUUCUACAUGAAAGAACACCAGAAUUUCUUCGGCAUGGACGAUCGCCUUGGUCCAGUGGCCAUCAGCUUCCGUCGCGAGGAGAAGGAAGGAUCCAGCGGAUCUCAGUACAACUACAGAAUCAUCUUUCGCACCACGGAGAUGAAGACACUGCGAGGUUCCAUCCUGGAGGAGUCAGUGCCUUCUGCCGCUCGACACACGACCCCCAGGGGCUUGUCUCCCAAGAGGCUGCUGGAGUUCAUCAUGCCUGAGCUGAACCUGCACUGUCUCCGCUUAGCUUCAAAUUCCCCCAAGGUCCGAGACACCCUGCUGAAGCUCGACGAGCAGGGGCUGAACUUCCAGAGAAAGGUUGGCGUGAUGUACUGCCGUGCCGGGCAGAGCUCAGAGGAGGACAUGUACAACAAUGAGAGCUCGGGGCCGGCGUUCGAAGAGUUUCUGGAUCUGCUCGGGGAGCGGGUGCGCCUGAAGGGCUGGGAGAAAUACCGAGCUCAGCUGGACAACAAGACGGACUCAACUGGGACACACUCUCUGUACACGCGCUACCAGGACUAUGAGAUUAUGUUUCAUGUGUCCACCAUGCUGCCCUACACAGCCAACAACACACAACAGUUGCUGAGGAAGCGACACAUCGGGAACGACAUCGUGACAAUCGUGUUCCAGGAGCCUGGCGCUCUGCCCUUUACUCCCAAAUCCAUUCGCUCACACUUCCAACACGUCUUCAUUAUCGUGCAGGUUCACGAGCCCUGCACUGACAACACCUACUACAGGGUGGCUGUGACUCGCUCUAAAGACAUCCCAUUAUUUGGCCCACUGUUCCCUAAAGGCGCCCGCUUCCCUCGCUCAUCUGCCUUCAGAGACUUCCUCCUGGCGAAGGCAGUGAACGCUGAAAAUGCCGCAGAGAAGUCAGAGAAGUUCCGUUCCAUGGCCACCCGCACACGGCAGGAAUACCUGAAGGACCUGGCUGAGAACUACGUCACCACCACACCCAUCGACUCCUCCACCAAGUUCCCUCUGCUCUCUCUGGGAGGCAAGCGCAAAGACAAGUUAAAGGGUGCCAAAGGGGCGGAGCUGCACAGUGCCGGAGCACUGGUGUGGGCUGUGAUGGUCAACAGCCGGGGGGAGGACGGCGAGGCGGGAGAGCACAAGUUGCCAUGUCUGUUGGGAGUGUCGGCUGAGUCGGUGGUGCUCAUUGAGAGAUGCACGCGCAGGGUGGUGUUUAACUGCUCCUGUCGGGAUGUCAUCGGCUGGAAGGCGGUGACAGAGGCAAAGGAAGGAGGGCCAUGUUUGGAUAUCUUUUAUGAGAGGGGGGAGUCGGUGUCAAUCAGUGUGAUGGAGAGCCAGGCCGAGGAUAUCCGGGAGGUGGUGCAGAGGCUAGAGCUGGUUACUCGGGGCUGCGAGGCUUUUGAGGUCACCCCCCUUCGAGACGGAGUUGGGCAGCCAGGCUUCCUCAUGAACGAGGAAGGCUUUGUGACAGAGCUGCAGCGAUUCUGUUAUGCCGAGAGCGGAGGUUUGCAGCUCUGGGCUCGUGUGGUGCGGCUCUGCGGACACUCAUUGGUUCAUCUUAGCUCAGAGGAAAGGACCAGGCUACUCCGCACGGCGCACAAGAUCCACAUCACCGUCAUCCCGCCGGACGAAAAUGGGAAGCCACGCAGAAGUUUCUCUGAGCUCUACCAGAAAGCCAUUAAAGACGCUGAGUGUAAACCUGGCGAAGAUCAGUCCGGAGAGGCUUGGGUGCUUGACGAAAGGGAAGAAGAAGAAGAGGAGGAGGAAGAGGUUAAGGUGGACGACAAGCUGAAGGCUGGCGGGGCCGAUGAGGUGGAAAUAAUGGAGAUUGAGGCUGAGGAGGGCGAAGGGCAGGAUAAAGGGCAAGGCGAGAGGAGUCACAGCACACUCCUCAUGCCGCCCAGCUUACCUUUGUUACGAGCCACUUCCCUGCAGGACCAACCAGCCAAUCAGAGUGAGGACGGUGGCGGCACACAGCUCACACGCAGCUGCUCACUGGAGAGGACGUCCUACGGGGACACAUGUGACGGGCACGUGUAUGACAACGUGGAGCUGAAGGGCAACCGCCACAUCUACGAAAAUGUGGGCGAGCUGAAAGACGCCACACCUGAUCUGAUCCUGGCUGUCAAACCCAAAGUUCCCCUGGAGGACGAACAGUUCAUGGCGGCUGACUUUGGCGAUGACAAAGCUUCGGCGAGUGACUCUUCCUUGCGGUUGUCAUGUGUCGACCGAGCUGAAAGAAACUCACGAGCACUCAGUCUUCAUAACUCCAUCACCAAGAUUCUUUCAGAAACGACAGAUUCAUCUGAGGAGGAGUGGCAGUCCAUCGCUGACCUGGCCACGGCCUGCCGCAGCAUCUUGGAGGCUCUAUCACGAGAGGACCGUAAAGCUGCAGACCCUUCCCAAGCUGGAGCUGACCAGACAGACGGCAAGCUGAAAGACUCAAAAGAGAGUGACUCUCCAGGCCACCUAGAGGAGAAAGUUUCACAGCUGGAAGCCAUGCUGAAGAAGCUGCAAGAUGACCUGCAAAAGGAGAAAGAGGACAAGGCGGUGCUGCAGGCCGAGGUGCAGAGCCUCCGGCAGAACAACCAGCGGCUGCAGGAGGAGUCUCAGAGCACGGUGGCUCGCCUCAUCAAAGUCACCGAGCUGCUGUGCAACGUCAACAAGCCCUGUUAGCUCCGACGCUGCAUGCACAAUAACACACAAAUCAGCAGAGAUGCAACUCGUGCAACAUGAUUGUGCACUACUUGUUUUUCUCAUAAAUAUUUGCAAACUAGACAAAAAACACUUAUCCUUCUUAAUCUGUGUUUAAUCACAGUCUCAAUCCUGAAUCUUGGACCUGCCUGCUGGUGAGGAAGUAUGCAAAAAAACAACUCAUAAAAAAGACAAAAAAAAAGGACAUUUUCUGCAUCCCAUGACCUUCACAGACCGACCGGCUCUGAGGCUGCUGGUUGCCAGAGUGCUUCUCUAUUAGUGCAAUGGAUGGAUGUGUGCGCAGCAUGUGUGUAUGCGUGCGUGUGUGCAUCUCUUACUGUACCUUGCUUAAAUACUUGACAAGCUGGGCUGAAUAGCACUUGCAUAAAAAAGUGGCAAUUAAGACUGAGAGACACUGUAUAGCAUGUUAGGUGGUGUCUUAUCUGAAAUGACCAAAAGUGUAAAUAUAUAUCACCAAUAAUAUACGUUGACAGUAGUGUUGCUAUCCUCCAGGCCAGACGUGUAGUUGCAGUGUAUGAGUGUGGCGCUGAUAGUGUGGGAGAGCUGUGUAACAAAACAAAAAAAAGGGAACGUGACAAUGACGAGCCUUUAGGCGGCCUUCUACUUCAAAAAAAUGUAAUGAUGGUAACAGAGUCGCCUCAGUUACGUAAGGACAUCCUCCCCUGCCCUCGUCUUCUCUCAGUUGUACUGUAUUUCAAGAAAUGCUGGAGUUUUAAGGGAGAUCUUAAAAGGACAUGAAGAAAAAAUGAACUGAGCAUGCUCCUGGAAAAAAGUGAUACUGAUAAGGUUUUAUACCUCUCCUGAAGACACAGAAAAUGGCAGGAAAGAGCUGCUUCAGCUUCCUUCCAUGUAGCUGUUUUCUUCUAACCUCACUAUUGUAGCAGCCAUACUGUAGAAGAUCUCCUCCAGCUGGCCUGAACCACAAAAUGCCCAAAAAGGCAGCUUCUCUGUCAGCUGGCAACAUAGCUUUAGGUGUCUGAAAACAACACCUUGAAGUAAUAGUGAAAAAGAGAAUAUUGUAUUUAAAUAUGUUUUGUGUUCGGCGGAUGAUACAGUGAAAGUUUUGUGGCUUACGAGUGGUAGCGAUAAGGACAAUACCUGAUGAGUGUUUGUGUGUGUUUCUGUGUCGUUCUUGCACUUUCUUUUAAGGUAAAAUCAGCACUGGAUAGGGCACACGCUGUACUUUAUUUCAUGCCCGGGUUAUGUCUUUGCUCAACAUAAGAAGGUGGAGACGAUCUCAUCCCCCUGAUGCCACCUUACCUCACCUUUUUUUUGUGUCCACUGCUGCUCACAACGAUGUUCAGAGGAGUCACACCGCUUCUCCUCAGUGCCAACAAAAAAGCCCAGGCAGCUCUACUGAUCCCAGAGAAAUCAAACAGAACUGACUCCACCACAACAAAAAGGGAUGCCAAACGAUCGCCAGUCACUCAGACUCUGUUGUUUUUCUUGUACAAACUUUCUCUUGUAAUUUUAAUUUAGAGUCACUGUGAAUACCUGGUACCAGCAUAUUAAGAUACAGUAUAUACAGAUUAAAUUAUGAGUCUAUCAGUAUGUGAAGAUACUGUAUGUACAGCUGAACUGUUCCAUGUUACUUAGUGCAUUGGGUUGUGUAUGCCCUCCUUUUUGCAGGAUGAUUAUGCAGACAAAGUGUUUAACCGGCUCCUGUUUCAUCUCCUGUACAUGCUGAAGCCUCAUGACUGACCGGGGGGAGGUGCUGGUGUGAGAAGACCUGUUUUACUACGUCUCUUGUAUAGUUAUCAAGAUUGUAGGAGGUUGGUCAAGCAUGAGAAUGUGCCAAGCAACUUCCAAGCUCCCCUUCUGUAUGUGUGUAUGUAUAAAAAUGUAACUUAUUAAUCAUGCAAAUGUGGAUUUUCUUGUAGAUGUUUGAACUGGUGGGAAGUCCUGAGAGGAAAAUGUGAAAUAGGUUAGAAAAGAAAAGGUGUACAUUUUAUUUCUUUGUAGAAAAACCAACAACAAUGAUACGAAACAGCAAAUAUCUGCAAAUCUUGCUCAUGGUUCCUGUUAUCAUUCUAGUAUUGAGCUAUUUCAGCUACAGCUCUGGCAUAUUUAAUAAGGUCUUUUGACACCAUUAGGUACGCCUUAAUGAGUUAUGAUCAAACUGGUCAUACCAGUGAUAUGUGAAGGCUUAUUUCUCUGACUUUGUGCCUACCUGAAAAUCAAUGUAUGUUAACCCAGCGUAGUGACCUCAUUUCUUUGUUUUUGGUUACAUUACUGAGGUUUCUCUGUGGAAGAGACCAUCCUAACAUCUGGUCUGUCAUCCACUACAGAGGAAAAGUCAUUGAGUAACAUAAUCAGAAAGAACAGGUAUAAUAAUGAUAAUAAUAAAAGGUGUGUGUUGUUGGUCUGAAGAAAAACUGAGCAGCACUGAUUGUUCAGAAGAGCAAAGAGAGAAAUAUAUGGUUUUUACGUGAAUUAAAAAAGGAAAAGGGUGCUUAAAAUGAUGAUGAUGAUGUAUUGAAAUGGAGUUUCAGUUGAAAUGAAUGUGUUGAAUGGUGUAUGCUUCCCUGAUGGGAUGAUUAUUUUGGUAUUUAAAUAUUUAAGAAUAAAUUGUCUCAGAAAA